AUGUCCACAUUCUCCUCAACACUUUUCAUUACUAGUUUUUCAUCGACCUUUGAAGUCAUUGUCGAAUGUUCGAUAGGUUUUAUAUUGACCAAAUUGGGAUUCAUCAGUGCCGAUAAUGUUAGAUUCCUAUCCAAGAUGUGGUUUAAUUUAUUUAUUCCUUGUUUGUUUUUCAAGGAUAUGUCCACUUCCUUUUCUCUGGAUUUACUUCAGAAAUUAUAUUUAAUUUUAUUGUUUGGAGUGGUGAAUCAAAUUUUAGCAGUUGUGGUUGGGAAAUUAGUGUUUAAUAAGUGGACAUUUAGGAUUCUAUUCGGACCUAUUCGUUUUGUGUUGAUGAAGGUUUUGAGCUUGUUCGGAAAGAGGAGUCAAUUUGUUGAAAAUAUGGAUAAGAUGUCCAAGUGUGAAACUGAUAUGUAUACUGUGAGUUUCUUUUGCCAUAAUUCAGUAUCAUUGCCUUUGGUUUAUUUGAGUGCAUUGUGUUACUUGUCGACAACUUCUAGUGGAGGAGGAAAUUCAUCUCAUUCUCUCGAUUUUAUGAAUUUAGCAACCGAUUCAAUGAUGAUUACUAGUACCAAUGGAACUGUUGUGGAUAAUACUCCUGCAUUUUACAAAUUAACAUAUUCGGAGGCUUAUGAAAGGUCUAUAACAGCUUUGAGUAUUUUCAUUGUUCCUGUUGAAAUUAUGUUUUACACUUUGGGAAGUUAUGUAUAUAGCCAUGGAGCUGAACAAAUGAGAAAACAAAUGAAUGAACAAUUGGAAAAUCCAGAACCAACCACUACAGAAAUGGUUUCAAAUUUUGUAAAUUUACAUGAAGGAAAUGAAUCUGUUGUAGUUGCCAGUGAGGAACAUCCUCAAUCUUACAAACCAGAAUUUAGUGAGGAAACCUUGCAUCUCCAAGAGGAAGAAACUCCAUCUAUUGAAGAAAUGGAACCUGCCAACAAUAAUGAAUCAUCAAUUAAUCAAGAGAAUUCUCCAAUUGUUGAAUCAUCCACAACAGGAAAUCAAUCCAAAUUACACAAAUUCAAAACCAUUUCAAAGAAUGUACUACUCUUCCUGUGGUUUAAUAUUAUUUUGAAUCCACCACUCACUGCCAUCUUCCUUGCUUGCCUUAUUUCAGUAAUUAGUACUGAUGUGAAAGAUUUCCUUAUUAUUAAUCCUCCACCUUUUGUUUCUACCAUCAAACAUCUUUGUUCUGUAUUUGGUCAAUCUGUUGCUCCUACAUCUCUAUUAAUUUUAGGUGCAAAUAUUGCCGCUCAGGCAUCUCCUCAUGUGUUUGAUGACGAAAAGAAAGAUGACGAUAUUUCAAGCACAACCAGUACUGAAUCUUUGGAUUUACAAGAAGUUGAAGUCAUCCCAGUAGGUGAACGUAUUAAGAGAAAGGUUUAUCAAAUUGGUCGUAAACUUAGAAGAUUAUGUUUAGGAUUCUUUUAUGGAGUAUUGAAUACUUUCAAGAUUAGAAAGUUGAAUCCUGUUGCUCUCUUUUUCUCAAUUAUUAUCAAACUUAUAGUUUUCCCAUUGCUUGGGGUUGGUUUAAUGUACUUGACCAGAAGCUUAUUCACAGAUGCAUUUGCCAAUAUUGAUGACCCAUUAUUCUUUUUAGUUACAUUGUUGCAAUUUGCAACACCACCAGCUAUUGCUAUUACAGCUCUUAGUAGUGUAAAUGAUAAUUAUGGUCAAGGAGAAACUUGCGAAAUAUUGUUAUGGAGCUACCUUAUCACACCAUUGACACUAUCUCUAUUUUGUUCAUGGUUCUUGAAACUUUCAUGUGAGUUGAUUGUUAAUCCGGAAGAUGCCAUGAGAGUGUGUAAUAUGUAA